AUGCAUGCAUCCUCCUCUUGUCCCCUGACCCCUAACCCCUUGCGCGCGUGGUGCCUUGCGCGCGUUCCGCAGUUCAAGAGCUUCACGCGGCAGGUGGAGGAGGCGCAGGUGGAUGUUUUCCGCUCGCUCGCGCCCGCGCAGCAGCAGCCCUCCGCCGGCUGCUCCUCCUUCUUCCAGCAGGCGCUGCUGCACUGGCGGGAGCUGAGCGCAGCAGUGGAUUUCAACGAGGUGCACAGCGAGGUGGCGCCGCUGGUGGCGUCGCUGGCGCAGCUCGUCUUCCACCGCCACCGCAUCGUGCACGCGCUGCUAGCACGCCUCUCCAUGCGCGCCCUCCUCUCCCUCCCACCCCUCCUCAGGUGCCCAACCCUCUCCUCUCCCCCCUUCUCCUCGCCCCCUCCCCUUCGCUGCUUUCAUUUCACUCCUUGUGUAUGCACGUGCCACGGCCUCUCACGUGCCACGGCCUCUCACGUGCCACGGCCUCUCACGUGCCACGGCCUCUCACGUGCCACGGCCUCUCACGUGCCACGGCCUCUCACGUGCCACGGCCUCUCACGUGCCACGGCCUCUCACGUGCCACGGCCUCUCAUGUGCCACUGCCUCUCACGUGCCACGGCCUCUCACGUGCCACGGCCUCUCACGUGCCACUGCCUCUCACGUGCCACGGCCUCUCACGUGCCACGGCCUCUCACGUGCCACGGCCUCUCACGUGCCACUGCCUCUCACGUGCCACGGCCUCUCACGUGCCACGGCCUCUCACGUGCCACGGCCUCUCACGUGCCACGGCCUCUCACGUGCCACGGCCUCUCACGUGCCACUGCCUCUCACGUGCCACUGCCUCUCACGUGCCACUGCCUCUCACGUGCCACUGCCUCUCACGUGGUGGAGUGUGUGGCGCAGAUGGGUAAGCACCUGCGCCACUACCUCACACCUGAUAUCGUCACCCUCCUCAAGAUGACCAAGGCACUGCGGUUCUACCCGGCGGACUAUGUGCGCGAGCUGGUGGCGCACAGCCUUGCCUUCGUGCUGCGCACCGCCCCGCCCAAACAGAUGGCCCGCGGCGUGCGGUGGGUGCUGGCAGAGGCGAGGGCGGUGGCGUGUGAGGAGAGGGAGAGCGGGGUGGCGCUGCUGCUGGCCAAUGCAGCCAAGGGCCCCGCGCACUCGCUGCACUCCAAGGCCGCGCCCCUGCUGCUGCGCCUGCUGCUGCUGCCCUCCUCUCUGCGCCCCCCCGCGCUGCUGCUGCUGCAGGGCCAGCGAGGUGAGCCUAUUGCGUGGGUGGGUGGGUGGGUGAGGCGACAAGUGAGGUGGGGGGACGUGUGUUGUGCUGUGGGGCGAAUGGGUGUGUUGUGCUGUGGGGCGAAUGGGUGUGUUGUGCUGUGGGGCGAAUGGGUGUGUUGUGCUGUGGGGCGAAUGGGUGUGUUGUGCUGUGGGGCGAAUGGGUGUGUUGCUGUGGGGCGAAUGGGUGUGUUGUGCUGUGGGGCGAAUGGGUGUGUUGUGCUGUGGGGCGAAUGGGUGUGUUGCUGUGGCCGCUGGGGCUCUGCUGGUGCUGCUGACGUGGCGCUGACAGUUGUCACACGUGUGAUACGCCUGCUUGCCGCCCACCUCACUCCCGCCACUGCCGGCCCUCUCCUCUCCCUGCUCCUCACAACCGCCUCACAAGCUGUGCAGGGGGGGCGGGAUGGGGGCAAGGGAGGCGCGGGUGGGGAGGAUGAGGGCAAAGGAGAGGAGCAAGGGGAUGGGGAAGAGGGCGAGGAGGGGGGCGAAGGGAAGGAGGGUGGUGUGAGUGGGGGCGGGGGGCGAUGGGAGGAGGCGCGGCGGAUAGCGGACGUGGUUCACUUGCUGAAUGCAGCGCUGCAGCACCGACGAGGCAUGCUGGUCACCCACCUCUCCCCCUUCGUCUCUCUCUCCCUCUCCCUCGCCUCCCACCCUCUCCUCCUCGCCUCCCUCCGUUCCUCCUCCUCCCCCUCGCUCCCCCUCCCUGCCCCUCCUCGCUGCUCUCAGCAGCAGCAGGAAAAUGGGGAGGGGGAGACGGGGGAGGGCGUGGGGGGAGCAGCAGGCACAGCGGGGGAUGCAGGGGAGGGGGAGGAUGCAGGAAGGGAGGGGGAUAAGGUGCAGCACGAGGUGGUGAGGGAGGUGAUGCUGCUGCUGCUGGGGCAUGCUGUGGUUCCUGCGCCAGCUGGCACAGCUGCAACCCCACGUGCUGCGCCUCCUGCUGCCCCCCACCAUGCGGUAACCACACUCUACCUCACCCCCCACCCGCUCAUGCGCGAUUCGCACAUCCCUGUGUUGAUGCUUUUCGCUCGUGCAGUCACUUCCCCGCACCCAUCCGCCAUUGAUGCUUUUCGCACACUGCUGCAUGGCCGUGAUGAAGCCAUCGCCCAUGCCACCACACCACGACUUGCACCUCACUGCGCCCCCCCUCACCUCGCACAACCACUUCCGUGGCCCGUUCCACGCCAACUCUGCGCCCCCGCCCCUCUCCCCCCCUCCCUCCAAUUUCUACCCCCCCUCCCAUGCAGCGCAUUGAACCGCCUGGCUGCAUCUCACCCCGCCCCCGUUCUGCUCAUCUUCUUGGAGCUUGCCGAGAAGCUUCCUGACUGCCUUGCUGGCUCCACACUGCAGCAGGGCAGCACGUCCCUUGAAUCACAGAGUGAAAAGGGAGGCAAGGGGCAGGAAGAAGCAGAUGGAGAGCAUGCGGGGAAGGGGAGGGUGCGCAAGAGGAGGAAGCGGCAGCAAGGCGAGGAGGGAAGUGAAGGGUCGCUUGGGAGGGCAGUAGCUGCUGUCCCCCGCCCGCCCGUUGCUGCAUUUAUGGAUUCACACCAAAGCCGGCAGCAGCAGCAGGAAGCGAGCGAAGCAUGGGAGGGAGUGCUGGCAGCAGCACUGGAGACCCACUCAGUGCUGCUCUCAUCGCACUCUGCCGCCAACCUGCCUUGCCACCUGCCGCUCUACCUCUCUGCCGCCCGCCACCACUGCCGCUCGCUGCCUAUCCUCUCCGCCGUUGCUCUCUUCCUGCAAGCCUUCCCCAGGGCUCAAGUGGGUGACACGUCAGCAUCUCUGCCCGCCUUCCCACCUGAUCUGUCAGCCAACCACAUGCCUGCAAUGCUUGAGGCACUACAGGACAACUUCUGCCACCCAGCACGUGAAAUGCGGGUGUUUCACCAGGUGGAAGAACUGGAGUCAGCACCCUACGACCUGCAGAUGGGCCGGCACGCUGCCACAGCAUUGGCUGCCCUUGCUGCUCAUGCCACAUCAGCACGGCUGCCCAACCAGCUGCUGCCAGCUGUCAGUCGCUGUGUGCUGGGGCUACUGCACUCCAAGUUUGCAAUGAUGUGGCAGCCUGCCAUUGGCUGCCUUGCAGCGCUGCUCUCCGCCCACCCCUCUUCCACCUGGCUCGUGGUGUGGCGGGAGCUGCGCCACCUGCAAGGAAGCUUCCUGCUGGCGGCAGCUGGUGCACCUGCAGAGUCAGGCGGUGGGGCGCAAGGCGAAGGGCAAGGGGAGGAAGGAGAGGAUGGCGGAGGGGAGGAGGGGGGAGAGCACGAGGAUGGGGAGGAUGGCAGCGGCAGUGGUGCAGGUGAUUAUUGGGGUACCUGA